AUGAUCAAACUGCGGAAUCUGAAGCCGAACCCUAACGACGCGAAUUCGGUUAAACACUUACUGGAAGUGUUGAAUGGAGAAGCGAUCAACGGAUCGCCAGAAAUUGCGCAACAUGGCAACGGAGAUGGAAUGAAUGAGGAUGAAGAGAGUGAUGAGGUGCGGGUGUGGAAUGUGAAGGUUGAAGAGGCUAUGGAAGAAGCGGUGAUGGUGUUUCGCAUCGUAGAACGAAAACAAAUGGUGCAAUGCAAUUGA